GGAAACUUUAGUUUGCAAACAGAGCUUUUUCGCGCUACAAACAGUUUUGUCAGUCUUUAACGCAUUUUUACUCCUUGUUUUAGCUUGAUUUAGACAUUCAAUGAUUAUUUGACUUAUUGAUUAUCCUGAGGAGUGCUUACAAUUUGAAUUCCGAAUUCGGAGCGUUGGAAAAUUGCAGAAGAAGAGCUGAUCUGGCAUUGGAUUUGAACACGAACGUCCCUGAAGUGACGCGUGGUUUAUCGUUUGUUUUGAACUGCAAAUCAUGAACAUUUGAUACCUACAGGAGGAAAUUGCAUGGAUACCUGAGACUGAGAUAAUUUUCUAGACCCAUCAUUGUUGACCUGUUAUUUUUACACUAUCCUGGACAGCCAUUCACUCCCCACAACACGGCACAGGUUGCGCAUUCCUUGAUUGAUGAAUUUUGAAAUCAAGUGACGGUCAUCUGAACGAAUACUAGGAUUUCUUCUAAUUUUACUGUGAAUUUUAUCAAAAGCUAUGGGAAUUCAAGGAUUAUUACCGCUUUUAAAGCCUAUACACAGGUCUGUCAACAUAAGUGAAUUCAAAGGCCAGACAGUUGGUGUAGAUGCAUACUGUUGGCUGCAUAAGGGAGCCUAUGGCUGUGCCAUGGAUCUUGUGGAGGGCAAGAAAACAACUGUGUAUAUUAAUUAUGUUCUGAAAAGGAUCAACAUGAUGCUAUUUCAUGAUGUCAAGCCUGUUCUUGUAUUUGAUGGAGCUUACCUCCCUUCCAAGGCAAACAAAGAAGCAGAAAGAAGAAAGUCCAGGAAUGAGAACAAAGCCAAUGGCCUUGCAUUUCUGCGGGCUGGUAACCGUGCCAAGGCACAGGAGUGUUUUCAGAAGUGUGUGGACAUAUCACCUGAUAUGGCUCUGGAAGUCAUCAAGAUGUGCCGUAGUAAAGGGGUAGAUUGUAUUGUGGCCCCAUAUGAGGCAGAUGCCCAGCUAGCCUACCUCAUGAAGAAAAACAUUAUUCAAGCAGUUAUUUCUGAGGAUUCAGACUUAUUAGUGUAUGGUUGCAAAAAGGUGAUGUUUAAGAUGGACGCAUCUGGUUAUGGGACCCUGGUCAGCCUGGAUCACCUGUCGGAGCUCACCAACCUGAAGAUGCAUGAGUUCACACUGGAGAAGUUCCGCCACAUGUGCAUCCUGUCAGGGUGUGACUACCUUCCCUCCAUUAAGGGGAUUGGACUCAUCAAAGCCAACAAGCUACUUAGAAACUCAUCCAACAUCAACAAGCUUGUGCGUAAUCUGCGGAUGGAUGACCAGUACCGCGUGCCAGUAGACUAUGAAAAGAGCUUCAAGCAGGCAGAUGAGACCUUUCUGUAUCAGCGGGUGUUUGAUCCUGUCUCCUGUGAGCUUGUACCUCUUAACCCUAUCCCUGAGGGCAUGUCUCAUGACCACAACCUGCACUUCGCUGGACCUGCGAUGCCCAGGGAUAAAGCACUUGGCAUAGCUCUUGGUAAUAUCCAUCCCAUCUCAGGAGAAGUCAUUGGUGACUUUGAUCCUGCUUUCACAAAGAUACUUACUGAGAGGAGUGAGAAGCCAGAGCCCUCCGCAAAGCCCGGUUGUGCGUUCACAUUUAACAACCACAAGGAGGAUUUGACACCACGAUCCACCAGCUGGGAGAAGUCUUCAUUUCGCCAUGGUGCAGCCGCCAAGAGAAGUCUACAAGACAAGAUGGUGCCUGCCCUCCCCAGUAUGAAGCGAUCGGAUGAAGACAACGAAGAGAACUCUAUGGACGAGCAAGCUUUUGUCAAUAUGUACACAUCUAUCAAGGCAAGAGAGGACAUGGCAUCCUCCGGGGUGAAAGGUGUGGCCAACAAGACACGCUCCCAAUCAGGACAGGGCAAACUGCGCAGGAAGAAUCCAUUCCGUAGUGAUUCAGGUACCGGUGGUGCUAAGCUCAGUAGAUACUUCGUUAAGGUGUCUACAGAGGCGACUAACGAUAACCUGUCAGACGAAUCAUCAGAUUCGUUAUCAAACCAAGGCCAGCCUGGCGCUCUUCUGGGCUCACUGGCCGCCAACAAGGAGAACCGGCACUUGCUAUUCGUAGAGUCUGUAAACGGAUCAUCUCCUCCAAACAGCCAAUCAGUUAACCACAGAAGAUCACAUGACUCAAGUGAUUGUGAAACGCAAGAUUGCAAAGAGGAAGAGAUGGCAUCCCAGAGCUCGUCUCCAUCAAGCACACAAAAUACUGUUUAUCAAAUCAGUGAGAUCUCGCGAAGCGAGUCAAGUGACUCGAGUGAGCCCACGAGCACACGAGUGAAGGUCUUAGCGCAGUGUAAUUCUAUCAGAGAGAAGACAAAUGCCGCAGAGGCACUUAACAAAACAAGAGAUGGACUCAAAAGAUUUCUUUACCAAGCUGGGUCCAAAAGAACAUUUAAUCGACCCAAAAUGGAAAGAACACUUGAUCACAAAGAGAGCGAGGCAGAAACUCCCAGUAGAGGAGGAGUGGCGAGUGAUGUGUUCACACGCCCCGAGGUCAUAGAGAUUGACAGCGGCUACUUGUCAGACGGCGAAGAGAGUGCGGGUACAGACACCCCCCCGCCUUCCCAGGGAUCCGGGAGUUCACAGCAAGGGAUGCCGGGAAGGUUGAUACAGUCAGGAAACUCCGCGGGACUUAAGACAAUGAAAAAGCAAAUUCAAGUCAAGCCUAAGCCAUCUGGUCACGUGUCCGGUUUAGGGCGGUGCCGUACCAUGGGCAUGCGGCGUAAGACCGAGAAGCCUGGGCCCGAGUCUGGCUCGCAGUCGAUUCUCAGUCACUUUGAAUAUACCAAGAACAAGAAACCAAGGCUGGAGUCCUCAAGAUAACAUCAAGCAAUACUGCAAGCCUAAAUUCUACAGACAGACUGUUGGAAAGUUAGGUGGUCUUAGGUGUGGUAGAACUAGGGAAAUAUCAACACAAGGUUGAAAUGGCAUGUUUAUCGCCUUGAAAACAGAGCAGUUCGUCGAUGAAGAGAAGUAAAACAUGCCAUUUCAACCUUGUGUUGUUUAUUUUUUCAACAAAACGCAAGAUUUACGUGAAAAUCCACGGAAGGGACAAUCUAUUGCCUAUAGUUUUAUUAUAAAAUAUGAAAUAUUAUGUGAAAUGAAGAUAUAGGGAUGUAUUUUUAAUUUGAGAGUAUAUAAAAUAGGAUCGUUUUGUUAAUACUGAAUUUUGAAUAAAGUUCGCAAAAUCACAA